CCGCAGGGCUACCUCUACCAGCCGCCCGGCUCGCUGGCGCUCUACUCCUGCCCGGCGUACGGGGCCUCGGCGCUGGCGGCGCCCCGCAGCGAGGAGCUGGCCCGCUCGUCGUCGGGCUCGGCCUUCAGCCCCUACCCGGGAUCCGCCGCCUUCACCGCCCAGGCGGCGGCCACCGGCUUCGCCAGCCCGCUGCAGUACUCCGCCGACCCGGCCGCGGGAUUCCCCUCCUACAUGGGCUCGCCCUACGACGCGCACGCCACGGGCAUGAGCGGGGCCAUCGGCUACCACCCGUACGGCAGCCCCGCGUACCCCUACCAGCUCAACGACCCGGCCUACAGGAAGAACGCCACGCGGGACGCCACGGCCACGCUCAAGGCCUGGCUCAACGAGCACCGCAAGAACCCCUACCCCACCAAGGGCGAGAAGAUCAUGCUGGCCAUCAUCACCAAGAUGACCCUCACGCAGGUCUCCACCUGGUUCGCCAACGCCCGGCGCCGGCUCAAGAAGGAGAACAAGAUGACCUGGGCCCCCCGCAACAAGAGCGAGGACGAGGACGAGGAGGAGGGCGACGCGGGGCGGAGCAAGGGGGGCAGCCCGGGCAAGGGGCCCGAGGGCCACGAGACCUCGGCGGAGGACGAAGGUCAGGCGGGGCGCGGGGCGGCAAAAUCACUCCUGUAG